AUGCCUUCCUCGAAUGCCGACGACCUGUCGGUCGGAGACGUGUUCGCUCCGCAAGCCGACGGUGAACAGUCCGCCAUUGACAUCCCAGCCAAUCACCGUCGCCCCAAUGCACACAUGGGCACUAUGUCACCCCCAGAGCAGACAGCCAAGGGAUUAAAUGGGUUUGCGAACAAGACUCUCAACGAGAACAAACAGCGACGGAAGAAGAAUAAGAACCAAUUCGGGCCGACAUGCGCAACCGUUCGUGGUUUCACUCUGGCAUCCGGCGACGAGGAAUCGGACUUCUCCGCUGCGAGCUCACGUACACCCUCUCGACCUCCCACUGCACUUGAUGGCGCCAGCCCACUGGCACAGGCAUCCACAGGCCAUGGGGUCAGCGCAUUGAAGCUUCAACUCAGCACUCUGAAUCUGUCCGACGACACAGCUAGUAGCGGACUUGUCUCCAAAACCCCCAGUGCUGCCAGUGUUUACUCCGACAGCGACCAGACCGAGAUCUUGACCAGCUAUGAAAUCCCUCUAGAUCAGGACUUUAAUGGUGAAGAUGAAAGUGAGAACGAAGAUAAUUGA